AUGAGUAAUCUUCAGUUCUUCAAGCGUAUGCAAUUCAGAAUCCCACCAUACGACGACGAUGACGAAGACAGCAGUGCCUACACUCUGCUGAUCGGCUGUGAACCAGAAGAUGACUUCACUUUCUGCGAAAAGAAAGAGCCAGAAGUUGGACAAAGCGAUGAAGUUCAGACUACUGCAGCGACCGUCAAGAACAUCGAGGCUAGCAAAAGCGAAGAGAGUAAAGAGGGCGAGAAUGAGAAAGAGGAAGGGGAUGCAUGUCCCACUGAAGACAGCGAGGCCGAAGAAGAUGACAGUGAGGCCGGAGGGCGAUGCAUCGAGGGUCUCCAGUCCUGGUACCAUCGCAACUUCAGAAGCUCGUUGCUUCUUCCGCUCUGA